UCGCUGGAAAAGUCACUUGCAAACAACUUUUCGAUAAAUGUAAAAAAAAUUGAAAUCCAGACAAUAAAACAUCCAAAAAAAUCACACUCAUAAAUACUCAAAGCCAUAUUAGUGUAAAAUUGAUCAACACGCUGCCCGUCCUCUGGGCAACUGUCGCAUUUUAAUCGAAGCCAUCGAUUCAAGGUCUGCAAACUCCGGUUGCCAUUUGUCAAAAUUGUCAAAGAAGUCUUUCCCCACCAAUUGACGCCAUGAAUCGCGUUCCCUUAGAGACCAGAGACGGUUUCCUCAUACGCAUCGAUUUCGCAUUGCUGCGCCGCUCGAAGGUCAUGCAGGAAAUGUGCCAGCACAGCGCCGGCGACGGGCCACAGCAGGAGCUGAUGGUUGCCCUCGAUCACGAUAUUCUGCUCAAGAUUCUGCUCUGGAUGGAGUUCCACAAGGACGACGAGGAGCCCGAAUGGGUGAAAAUGAAGGAGGAGCCAGCCGACUUGGAGCGCCACAUCUGCGACUGGGACAAGGAGUUCCUACGCGACAAACUGUCCACCGUGCGGGCAAUCAUGAGGGGCGCCGACUACCUGGACAUACCCUGGCUGGUGAAGCUCUGCGCCCGCAAGCUGCGCCUGCGCGGCCCGCCCGAGCUGUAUAUGCUCGCUCUAAGCGCCAUAUCACCAAUCGAUUAGUUAUUGUAGUCCGUGUC